AUGAAUUUAGUUUAAUAAAUAAAGUCAAAUUUUGGUAUGAUUCAGAGAAAGGAAAUCAUUGCUAAGAAUAAAAAGAAAGUGGAGAUAUAGAACUAACCAUAACUAAUCUUCAGCAUUAAAAGAAGGCACAAUGAUUAAGCCUUUGAUAACAUAUUUUUUUCUAAUGAGGAAGAAAUGCUCAAUUUUCUGUAUUCUCGAAAGCAAAAAAGGUUAAAUUUAGAUGAACUAGUGGGUAAUCUUUCUUUAAAUGAGAAGAAUUAACAAAUUGUGGGGUUACAAAGAAUACCACUAUAAAAUAUCGAUUCUGACUAAAACUAAGAAUUUAAGGAGACUGCUGAAAAAAGCUUAAUAUACUUUAAAAGAGACAGAUUUGUAACAAAGUUUAGAAAAGAUUUUAGGGAUUCCUUGUUAUCCAAUAAUAGAAAAAAAAUAAUAAUACAACUAGAAUAGAAUAAGAAUUGUUUAACGAGUGUUAAUGAGAAAGCGAAUUAUGAGUUCGACGAGGACUACUAUAUAAUAUAGAAAGUGGAGAAAGAAAAAGCAAAAUCCUAAAUCACAAUGAAAAUUGAUACUAAAUAAAUAGAGAAGCAGAUUGCAGAGUAAUAAUAUGGAAGCGAUGCUGAGGAGAGUUUUGAUAGUGAGGAUUCUCAAAGAACUGAUUAUGAUGAUUAUGAUAGUUUGGAUGAAGAAUCCUCACAAUAAGAGGCAAUGGAAGAAGAAGAAUAAUAUUCUGAUAAUAAUAGUGAUGACUCUGUGGAUUUGAGAAGAUUUCAAUCAAAUUAGGUUUAAUAAGACGACUUUGAAGUGGAUGAUAAGGAAGAUGGAAAUUAAGGUGAUUAGACUGAAAUGUUCACAAAUUUCAUUAAAUAACAUGAGAAAUUGAUCAAGGAUAAAGUUUAUUGAUUUUUUAUUAAUUCAUUUUUUUGAUUUUGUAUUUUGUAAAUACAAA